AUGUCUGACUGGGAUACCAAUACUAUUAUCGGUAGCAGAGCCAGAGCUGGCGGUUCUGGCCCAAGGGCCAACGUUGCCAGAUCUCAGGGCCAAAUCAAUGCUGCGAGAAGACAAGGUUUGGUUGUCUCCGUGGACAAGAAGUACGGCUCUACCAACACCAAGGGUGACAAUGAGGGCCAGAGGUUGACCAAAGUCGACCGUGAGACAGAUAUCGUGAAGCCGAAGAAGUUAGACCCAAAUGUUGGUAGGGCUAUUUCACGCGCCAGAACGGACAAAAAAAUGUCGCAGAAGGAUUUGGCCACCAAGAUCAACGAGAAGCCAACAGUGGUUAAUGAUUACGAAGCGGCCAGGGCUAUUCCAAACCAGCAAGUCCUUUCCAAGUUGGAAAGGGCCUUGGGUGUCAAGUUGAGAGGUAACAAUAUUGGUUCGCCUUUGGGGGCCCCAAAGAAGAAAUAA